UCGUGUUUCCUGGCUUGUGUAGCUGGGAAAAGUUAUAACACAGUGUGAACUCUAAUUGGUCACCGGAGUGGACGAUCCACGGAUAAAUGAAUUAUACCUCACUGGGCGGAGGGAAGUGGGAGAAGGCACGUUUUCGUUUUAUAUUGUUGAAUCCUGCAUUUGCGGCUGCAUAGGUGGUUGAGGAUUGUAGCUUACUAUUGUUUGCAAGCGAUCACGUUGCUGUGCCAGCAGCUGCUUCCCCCCCAUAUUGAUGGAUAUGUGAUUUUAUGUACAUGAGCUCUAUUGAGUAAAAGCCUUAGAGGUCAUACUUUCAGGCAAGUUGACACGUUAAUUGAUGGUUGCACGGGUUCACCGAGGACCAUAAUUCCCAACUAUAUAAAGGUCGCAUACAACCUCUCUCUGUUACUUUCGAAUAAUGUUUUCAUUCCUCUUUGCUAAUAUCAUCUAAGUAGAUUACUAGCUUCAAAUUGACAAAAUGAAACAUCACAAUCACAAAGCUGCAUUGAUUGCAGUCACUUCAAACAAUGACAUAUUUUAUGACGAUGGUGCCAAGGGUGGACUAUACUGGUCUGCAGCACUACACGCCUAUCACGUUUUUAAAGACGCAGGUCUGCAAGUUCAAUUCGUCUCUGAGAAUGGAGAAUGGGGCAUUGACGAGCACUCAAUCAUCCCUUCAAGGCUAGUUUCUGAAGAGGAUGUGAAGGAGUACAAUGAUAAGGAGGCUCCUAUCCACAAGGAUCUGGCCAACAUUAGAAAGGCUUCCGAUAUCGACCCUUCCCAUUACAAGAUCUUUUUUGCAGCCGGCGGACAUGCCUCUUUAUUUGAUUUCCCAGAAGCUAGAGGUUUACAGGAGUUGGCUAGAACUAUUUACAAUAACGGUGGUUGUGUCGCUGCGGUGUGUCAUGGACCUGCAAUCUUUAGAGGUUUGGAUGACAUUGCGGGUGACAAGAAACUGACGUGCUUCGUUACCAGUGCAGAGAAAGAGAUGGGAACAUCCGCAAUUUUGGAUAAAUUCCAUCUGAAAACCAAUGAGCAACUCAUCAAGGAGAUUGGUGCACAGCUGGUUACUCCACCGGAACCAUGGGCUGACUUCUCUGUUAUCGACAAGAGAAUCGUCACCGGCGCCAAUCCAGCUUCUACUAAGAGUACUAUUAAGAAGGCCAUUGCCGCAGUCUUUGAAUCAUGAUCAGGACCUUUAGGAAUGUUGGCUUUCUAGAAUAGCGUGAGAUAAUAACAUGAUCGUAAUGUAUUGAAAGAAGGUGUUAUUUAUGCUCCAUACAAUUUAAGUGGUUUUGAUGCUUGCUUAAUAAUUCCACAAGUGGUUUAACUGUCCUAGCUCA